UCUAAACUCUAAAGUAGCUGUCACAUGUGUGACGUGCUCGGUGCACAUUUGUCAGCGAUUUUGUGUUUAUUUACAAAAAAAAAAUUUUGUGUAAAUAAUAAAGUACACUGAGUGUUUAAAUAAUUUUACAUAUGAGUUGUUUUGUUUGUGCUUAAAUUGUUUCGGAUUUCCAUACUUAAUACUGUAAAUAAGUAUCAUAACAAUGACAGAUUAUUUUCAAGAAAUGGGAUGGAGAGAAUUAGAAGACGGUGAACAGCCUAACCAUUUACUGCAUAUGGCCAGAUUUUUAAUAGAUUUUGGAAUGUAUGAUGACAACUUUACGGGAGAAUGGCCAAGGUUGCCACCUCCAGCUUCAAAAGAAUCAGUAAAAAAUUUAAAAGAAGUCAAAAUAGAAGUUGAAAAUCAGAAUUGUCCAAUAUGCUUAAAGAAAUUCAAUAUUAAUGAUACUGCAAAAGAAAUGCCAUGUCAUCAUUUGUUUCAUGAGAAAUGUAUUUUAACAUGGUUAAAUCAGACCAAUUCAUGUCCAUUUUGUCGUCAUGAACUUCCUACGGACAAUGAAGGCUAUGAAGCUUUCAAGAAGGAAAAGAAGAGAUCGGAACAGAGAAAAGAAGAUAUAGAAGCUUUACAUAAUUCUAUGUUUAGUUAACAUUUGAAACUAAAUAAUAAUAAUUUAAUUUGUUUUUCUUUAUAAAUAAUAUCAUUUCGAAAUUGUUUUCAAAGUUUUUUUUUAUUCAUAUGAUAUCAGUAUGUUUACUUAUGUCUUUGGUAAUGGUUAUUAUUUAUUAUUGUUAUGUUCAUACAUAAUUUGUUUUAAUGUUUGGUUUCUAUUGGGGUAAGCUUUAAUACUUAUUUAAUUGUUAGCAAACAUUACAGUUUGUGUUCGACACAAAAUCUUAUUUUCUUUUUUUUUUAAUAAAUUACUCUGUUUGAAA